AUGGCGACCAGUCAUCCCGAAGUGGGAGCGGACCACGGUCCUGGCGGGUCACCUGGACCACCUUAUUCCCGCAGAUUCUCAAACAAACAGGCAGCUCCGUAUGUUUUUAGUGAGGAAGAGAAAAUGGUUCUGAAAGAGUGUUCUAAGAUGAGUUCCAUCAGAGCUGUAUUUGGAUCUGCUUGCUUUGCUAGUUUAGCAUUUUUUCUGGUCAAGUCAGGUAAAAUAUCAGCGUCACCAAAAUACGGACCAGUCCCUAAGAUGUUGUAUGCAUCAUUUUUUGGUUAUGUUUUUGGUAAAAUAUCUUAUAUAAAUGAAUGUAAAGAAAAAAUGAUGAAGUUGGAAAACUCACCUUUAGCAGAGGCGAUCCGGAACAAAAGAAGUUUUGAAAGUCUGAGGCAGAGUGAUUCACAACAAGACCAGACAGAGUAUGGUGCUACCUCAAGUGUAUUACAGUAUGAAAGUACCAAUGAAAUGCCAUUAUCCAGUCCUGAUGUAUUUACCAACAUGGAUGUAGACCCUACCAAAGAACCCUCACAGAGAGAUGAUCAAAACACUGUCUCAGCAUUUGGUCCUAUCCCAUUGCCAGAAGAUGAAAAAGUCAUGAAACCAAAAACUUAUGAAGAAUUGAGAAAAAAACACCGCCAAGAAUCGCGGGCACCAUCUAGCUAUGGUUAUGGUUUGUUUCCUAGUUCCUCUAGAACACCAGAGCAGUCUACUACAGCAGGAAAAAAGUCUAACGAAUUCAACUCAGAUGAAUAUUUUGGAUCUCCUUCUACUGCAGGAAAGCAUGUUAAUAAGUAUGGAGAUGUCAUAGAUGAUUAGACAGCUGGUCAAUGUAGUACUUGAUGAAACUACAGAACUUAGCGCAGCAUUCAGAAUGAAAUUUACAUGUCACUCUACACCUGUGAUUGAAGUGACAAAAUGAUAUCGAACCAUUCAGUCAACUAAAUCUUUUAAUACACAGAUUUGAUGUAUUGUAAUGGGUAGGUGGCAAUCAACAGGCAUUUGGGCUUUUCAUUAUAUCUCAGAAUUGAUUGGAGUAUGUGUCUCAUGACUGAAACCAAACUGAAAGUGGAAGCAAUAUGAUAGAUAUAGUUUAUUUUCACUGCGUUUAGGUUUUGCAG